AUGUCAAUCCCUCAUAGAGAUGAAGAUAGUACUAUAUUAUUCGAUUCUUCAAAAGAACAUGAUAUUAAUUAUGACCGCUCAGAUUCUAUUGAACUCGAUAAUUUAAUUAAUCAAGAAGGGGAGGACCGACAAACAUUUAUUCUGAAUAGCGAACGUCAAAGUGAAGGUUUCGAUUUCGAUGAUCAUCUUAUACCAUUAGCCCUAACAGAAAUAAGCAGGCAUCCUAAUAAUUUAGAAAAAGAAGUUACAUUUUUUAAUGGUCUUAAUCUGGUAAUAGGUUCAAUAAUUGGUGCUGGUAUUUUUGCUUCUCCGGGUCCAGUUGUAUUGCACGCAGGAUCAGUAGGAAUGUCUUUAGUAGUAUGGCUUAUAUGUGGUUUAUUAGCAUGUACGGGCGCUCUUACAUAUGCUGAAUUGGGUUCCGAAAUACCAUUAUCCGGUGGUGAACAUGCUUAUUUAUCACAUGCUUAUGGAAGUCUUCCUGCCUUUUUGUUCAGCUGGACUGCUAUAACAUGCUUAAAGCCAGGAGGUAAUGCGAUUAUAGCAGUGAUAUUUGCUGAAUAUUUGAAUCGUAUAAUAUAUCAUUCAGCCUUUGAAAGUGAAGAAAAUCAUCCUUCUCCUUCAACACAUAACGUUUUAACUAAAAUUGUGGCAAUCAUUUGUGUUAUUGUGAUUUCAUUAAUAAAUACAUAUAGUGUCCGUCUAGCAACAAGAACACAAGAUCUUUUUACUGCCAUAAAGUUGAUUACUUUAGUCGUUAUAGCCAUUAUUGGUUUUAUUGUUUUAGGCCGAGGAGGUAUGACAACCAAUUUUGAAGGCGAUUUAUUUGCUGGAACUUCUCAUCGGAUGAGUGAUUAUGCUUUAGCUUUCUAUUCAGGGUUGUUUGCGUAUGAUGGAUGGAAUACAGUAAACGUUAUCGCUGGAGAAAUGAAAAAUCCAUCAAGAGAUCUCCCGCGCAUAAUCAUGCUCGGUUUACCAAUUGUGAUCAUUUUUUAUUUAUUGGCGAAUGUUGCGUAUUACGCUGUUUUACCAUCAUCCAUAGUCAAACAAACAAAUACGAUAGCUCUGGAUUUUGGGCGAAAAAUGUUUGGACCUAUAGGUGGUAUCCUCUUCGCACUUUGUGUGGCGGCUAGUUGCUUUGGGGCUGCAAAUGGUGGCAUUUUUACGGGUUCAAGGUUGAUAUAUGUUGCCGGUCGUGAAGGAUAUUUACCCACCUUAUUCGGUAAAGUGCAUGAUAAAUGGAAUACACCAAUAGCUGCAUUGGCUAUGCAGGCUAUGUUAACAAUUAUACUGAUUAUUCCGGGUAGUUUUAUUGGUUUAUUGAAUUUUGUUUCCGUUGCGGGUUGGGUAUUUUAUUUCCUUACAUCAUUUGGACUUUUCAUCUUACGAUGGAGGGAACCUAACCUAGAAAGACCAUAUCGAGUUUGGCUUAUUACACCUACAAUAUUUUGUUGUGUUGCUAUAUUUUUGGUGGUUAUGCCAUUUACACGAGUACCUAUAGAAUCAAUUUCCGCAUUAGGAUUUAUUCUUGCAGGAGUGCCAUUUUGGUAUAUAAGAGUCAAAUGUAAAGAAUCUUUUACUACCGAAG